AUGGCCUCUCAGCUCCCAGCAUUCCCUCGCACUAUCUUUACCAUUGUUGAGCCUCUGUCGCUCAUUGCUGGCUUUAUAAGCCCAUUCCUGAACCCAUCAUGGUUCAUUGAUUCGCAGCUCGAUAUUCCUGCUAGCGAUAUCGUACCAAGAGACGACAAUGCGCGUUUAAUUGCGCUUCAGCUGGGCAAUGCCUACUUCUUAUUAUUUCUACUCGGUGUUGCGGUGCUAUACACUACCACCGAGCUCAAGGUCGUCCGAAACUAUCUAGUUGCUCUAUGGAUCGCGGACAUAAGCCACGUCGGAGUGACUGUCUGGCUACUUGGGUAUGACAGGACCCUUGAUGUGGGUUCGUGGAACGCCGUGACGUGGGGCAACGUCGGUUUCACUUCCUUCCUCUGGUUGAGCCGAACGCUUUACUUUCUCGGGCUCUUUGGCCAGGACCGCAAGGCCGUUGCCGGUUCCAAGAAGAAGGCGUAA